AUGGCUGCCAAGUCGGACGGGAUGCUGAAGAUGAAGAAGAGCGACGUUGCCUUCACCCCGCUGCAGAACUCGGAGCACUCGGGCUCGGUGCAGGGGCUGGCGGGCGGCUCGCAGCCCGGUGCCGGGGGCGGCUCUCGGUGUUGCUGCAGUGGGGGUGAGAGGGCAGCCGAGCCGUGCCCGGGCACACAGCAGCAGCCGGAGCGGCGGCGGCGGGAGCGGUACUCGGUGUGGGACUGCCUGUGGGUCGUGGCCGCCGCCGCCGUGUACCUGGCCGAUGUGGGCAGCGAUGUGUGGCUGUCGGUGGAUUACUACGUGCGGGGCCAGCGCUGGUGGUUCGGGCUCACCCUGUUCUUCGCGGUGCUGGGCUCGCUCUCCGUGCAGCUGUUCAGCUUCAGGUGGUUCGUGCACGAUUUCAGCACCGAGAGCAGCGCCCCGGGCUCCGCGCCGCCGGGGGAGGGCAAGGCGGGCUCCGCGGUGGUGGUGGUGGUGGCAGGGGCGGAGGGGAGGGCGAGCACCCCGCAGAGACAGGCUUCCACGGCCAGCAGCGGCAAGACCAAUGCCACCAGUGCCACGGCCACCACCCCCGGCAACGGCAGGGCGAGCGCCCGCAGGACCGCCUCCUGCUCCUUCUGCAUCUGGACCAUGCAGUCACUCAUCCACAUCCUGCAGCUCGGACAGAUAUGGAGGUAUUUCCACACUAUAUACUUGGGGAUUAGAAGCAGACGGAGUGGAGUGAAUGACAGGUGGCGAUUUUACUGGAAGAUGGUCUAUGAGUGUGCCGAUGUGAGCAUGCUGCAUUUGCUAGCCACCUUUCUGGAAAGUGCUCCUCAACUCGUCCUUCAGCUGUGCAUUGUUGUGCAGACUCGUAGCUUGCAAGCACUUCAAGGUCUUACAGCUGCAGCAUCUCUCGUUUCUCUGGCCUGGGCACUAGCAUCCUAUCAGAAAGCGUUGCGUGAUUCCCGAGAUGACAAGAAACCCAUUAGUUACAUGGCUGUUAUUAUCCAGUUUUGCUGGCAUUUCUUUACCAUUGCAGCCAGAGUGAUAACAUUUGCACUCUUUGCUUCGGUUUUCCAGCUGUACUUUGGCAUAUUUAUUGUCCUUCACUGGUGCAUCAUGACCUUCUGGAUUGUCCAUUGUGAGACGGAAUUCUGCAUCACUAAAUGGGAGGAGAUUGUUUUUGAUAUGGUUGUUGGAAUAAUCUAUAUCUUUAGCUGGUUUAACGUCAAAGAAGGAAGGACACGGUGCAGGCUGUUUAUUUAUUAUUUUGUCAUCCUCUUGGAAAACACGGCCUUAAGUACCCUUUGGUAUCUGUAUAAGGCCCCUCAAAUCUUGGAUGCAUUUGCUAUCCCAGCACUAUGUGUAGUGUUUAGCAGCUUUUUAACUGGUAUAGUUUUUAUGCUGAUGUACUAUGCCUUCUUUCAUCCUAAUGGACCUAGGUUUGGGCAGUCUCCAAGCUGUGCUUGUGAAGACCCUGUAACUGCUUUCCCUCUGCCCCCUGAAGUGGCCUCAAAUACAUUAAGGUCGAUGUCCAACAAUCGAAGUGUGGCCAGUGACCGAGAUCAGAAAUUUUCAGAAAGAGAUGGCUGCAUGCCAGUCUUUCAAGUGAGGCCUACUGCCCCUUCUACACCAUCAUCAAGGCCUCCAAGGAUUGAAGAAUCAGUCAUAAAAAUUGACCUGUUUCGGAACAGGUAUCCAGCCUGGGAGAGACAUGUGCUGGACAGGAGCCUACGAAAGGCAAUCUUAGCUUUUGAAUGUUCCCCUUCUCCGCCACGGCUUCAGUAUAAAGAUGAUGCGCUUAUUCAGGAGCGCCUGGAAUAUGAAACCACAUUAUAACAUUAAAAUAAAUUAACAAAAUAAUAAUAAAAUACAAAAGGACUGUCAAGAGCUGCAACAAUACAUGAAACAAUAAGGGUUGUCCAGCAGAUUGGUGGCAAUAACUAAACUGCAAAAUCCCAAAAACAGAAAUUUCAUUAAAUCAUGACCGGUAAAGUCAUGGAGAAGAGGCUAUUCAUCAUGAUUAUCAUUCUUUCUACUACUGUGAUAAGCCCGAAGAAGGGAAGAAAAUAGUACUUUGGGAUACUUAAGGCAGUUUAACUA